ACGGGGCGACUCGAGGAAGCCACGCCAGGGACCACACUAGCCCAGCCGGCGUGCGGCCGGCCCCGCGCCUCACUGAAGCCUCCGCCGCCCUCUUGGCUACGGGCAGUCCCGCAAGCCAGCCGGGUGCUGCUCCUGUCGUCUUCCAUCUUACCGUGGCCAGAGCCGGCGGAGGGAGCGCGGCCCGGCCCCGCCGCGGCGGCUAUCAAGAAAUGAAGGUUAGGACGUCCUGUGUUGGACUGCGAAAUCUUCUCCAAGGGCUGAGCUACAGUGUCAGAUACUACUCUAAGCAUAGCUGGCUUCAAACAGCGUGUAUUUAUAGUAAAAUAAACCCAAAACAAUGUUGCAUCCUGGAUUGUUCAGGAGGUACAUGCACGCACAGGACCCUGCCACCUGGAAGCAUCCUGCCAUGGAGAUGCUUUUCCUGCAAGGAAGGAACAAAAACCCCUUCCAAAAGGAAGCAAAAUGCAUCCAUAACAUCAGACCGUUUAUACAAGAAUCUUCUGAAAUCAGAGCAGGAAAACUGGAACAGCAUUUCAGCAAGAUACAAAGCUAUGACAAAGAGAAUAAAGGAAAAAUUAGAAGAGUUGCAUGAUAAGUAUGCGUUCAAUCUGGAAAGUCCGAGGAUCAGGGUUGGAGAGAAUGUGUACUUUGAAGAGAAUGGCUGCAUAUUUCUUUCCAAAGCAGAUGAUGUACAUGAAGAAAAUUGUGACGUUUUAUUCAGUACUGAAGAUCUUGGCUUUUCUGAUGCCUUUAUUCAACGUAUCAGAAUUUCACCAGAUCAGAGAUACAUGGCCAUCAGCUUAAAAAGUGAAAAUUCCGAAGAGGCAACCUGCAUUGUUAUGAAACUUGGUCAUUUUCCUGUUGUGGAAAAAGUCAUUCCAAGUGUAUUUAGUUUUGAAUGGGCUGCAAAUGAUGUUCUGUAUUACACAAGUCAGAAGAACCUUAAAUGCCAGAAUGUGUUUAUGACCACUUUCACUAAUCAGAAACAUACUAAGUUAGUUUAUACAGAACAAGAUGCAAGGUUUUUUGUAGACAUACAUUGCACAAAAGAUAGGCGUUUUCUCACUAUCAACAGCAACAGCAAGACAACCUCAGAAGUUUGGCUGGUUGACUGUAGACAUCCUUUUAAGUCACCUGCUCUUGUACAAGUACGAACAAAAGGAGUCAUUUACCACAUUGAACACAGAAAUGACGAAUUAUAUAUUCUUACUACAUAUGGAGAACCUGCAGAAUAUAAGCUGAUGAAGGCACCGGUAGCUGCCAGUGGCAAGGAGAACUGGCAGUUAGUUUAUGCACUGGAAAAGAAAACCAAGCUAGUAGAUAUGGAGAUGUUCAGUGAGCACUGUGUUAUGUUCCUGAAGAAUGCUGGUCAUCUUUACUUAAAUGUGAUUUCUUUUGUUUCACAUUCAGUUCAGUCAAUAAAGCUGCCUACGUGGGCCUGUGAAUUUGAAUUGGAAUCUCAACCUGAACAUACCACCAGCACUUGCUAUUUUCAGCUCACCUCCCCGGUACACCCCCCUAAGCGCUUUGCAUAUUCAUUUAAAGAAAAUAAUCUCAUUGAACAAGCUGUGCAAGAGGUACCAAUUAUUACGAAUUGUCACACUACACGUUUACUAGCUAAAAGCAAGGAUGAAACUUUGGUGCCAAUUACAGUUUUUCAUAAUAUGAAUUCUAAAGAGCUACACAGGAAACCACUUCUAGUUCAUGUAUAUGGAGCUUAUGGCAUAGAUUUGAACAUGAGCUUUAAAGAAGACAAGCUGAUGUUAAUUGAGGAGGGCUGGAUAUUAGCAUAUUGCCAUGUUAGGGGUGGAGGAGAGCUAGGCCUUAGCUGGCACAAAGAUGGGUGUCGGCAUAAUAAACUCAAAGGGCUCCAUGACCUUAAGGCUUGCAUCACACUGCUGCACGAGCUAGGAUUUUCUCAGCCAAAAUACACAGCACUAGCAGCUGCCAGUGCCGGAGGAGUUCUUGCAGGAGCCCUGUGCAACACUGCUCCAGAACUCGUCAGAGCCAUGGUUUUACAGGCUCCUUUCGUGGAUGUUCUAAAUACAAUGAUGAAAACUCAUCUCCCACUGACAAUUGAAGAACAGGAGGAAUGGGGAAAUCCAUUAGCAGAUGAAAAAUGUAUGAAGUAUAUCAAAAGCUAUUGUCCAUAUCAGAAUAUUAAGCCACAGUGUUACCCUUCAGUUUUUAUCACGGCAUAUGAAAAUGAUCAACGGGUACCACUAACAGGAGUUUUACGAUACGUUCAGAAACUUAGAAAGGCUGCACUAGAUCAUACCAGCAGAACAAGUGAGAAAGGAAAUUGGAUCCCUAAUAUCAUCUUAGACAUCCGGGCAAGCGGCAGUCAUUGCGAUUCAUCUUGGGAGGAUUCACUGAACGAGGUUGCAAGACACCUUGCUUUUCUGAACAAAGAACUUGAAGUAUGCCAUCUCCAACAUCAUAGCAAACCCUGCAAAUAAACACAUUGACCACC